GGCAACAUGAUAGAAAACAACAAAAGGAAAAGUGUUCAGGGCGUGUGAUUAUGUAAUUUUUCUGUAAGCUUCACGUGUCUUCGCAUGGAUUAAAACAAGUAUAAAGCUCAACCAGGCCGCUUCAGUUAGGCUAUUGUACGUAGAGCGUUUCUGAAAGCAUACAAUUCGACUGGCAAAAUGAAAUUCGCUGUUUUGGUGUUUUUUACCUUGUUUAUCUGGGGUGAUGCCUUCUGGUUUAAGACAGUGCCUUCUCUCAGUGUGGACAAGUACCUCGGGCGUUGGUACCAGGUAUGUUUCAAAAGUAGUUCAGUACGCUAGGCUAUUUUUCAUUUAUAUUCCAUGUCUUCGAAUUAGCCAUUGGAUACGUGAAAUAUAAUUGAAACUUUUGAGUCUAGUAUGAACGAAAUCUUGUGAUGCAACUAUUUCAAGUGAAAUCUGAACUCUAAUCAAAAGAACUUUUACAUUGGUCAAACCCCUUUUUACAGUCAUUGUUUGAUUGAUCUUUUUUAAAUCUGCACAAUUCAAUCUGCGAACCCUGAAAGGUCUAGUUUCAUUGAGAACGAUCAUCUUCGUUCCAAUUAUUCCCUGUCUUUUCUAACGGUGAGAAUUUGUGCUCUUUUGGUGCAAAUUUUUGUCUGUAUUUAGGAUCAUUGAAAUUCCUAGAAGACUGAAUGCACAUCUCAUUUGCAAAACAAUAAGAAAAUCAGUCCUCUUCUUCAAGCUGAGCUCUUAAGUUAUCUUCCCUUUCCAUCUAUAUAGGCAGUUCCUUACGUUAAUUAUUGCUGUUAGCGGUCAUGUUUGAUAUACUGUAUCAUUUGUUUAUUUCGUUUUCUUACACGUGAUUUGAACAGAUGUACGCCAGUCCCUUCGUGGUGAACACCUUUGAACGUGACGGAGUCUGCGUAACAGCUGAUUGUGAGUGCAUAAUGAGAAGAUUUAGCCAGCGAUGCUCUCGUUAAUAUUUAUAGUUUACUCAAACAAAAUACAAAAUCGUGUAAUGCUAAGCGGCGACGGCAGUGAAAACGGCCAAAAAAAGUAGUAGGUCUAAUUAGCAAAAGAAACCUAACUUUGCACGUGCAGCCCACUUUUUUGUACAUUUCUUUGCCGUUGUUUUGGAGGAAUACAACGUGAAACUUCCAGAAACUUCCUAGCUACACGUAACUUCCCCUGAGUUACAUGUUGUGACCAAGUCGAUUUUGAAUAAUCUAUAGCUGGACUUGCAAUGCACGCAUGCGUACUUAUAAUUAUGUGUGUGUGUUUUUUUUUUCAGACACCCAACGAGAAGACGGCAAGAUCGGUGUGCUGAACAGUCAAAGACUUAAAACGGAAACUGGUGUCGGAAAGAACAUAACAGGGUAUGCCUACAUACCCGAUACCAAACAACCGGGGAAGUUGAAAGUUCGUCUUCAGGGUGGAGUUCCGUUCGCUGCUCCUUGUAAGUGAUUGGCUAGUAACAUAUUGUUAAAAGCUGGAACCACCUUCAAGAUGGGUCUGUACCAAGUUUUUGUGUCGCCUUGUUCUAUCUAACAGCUCUUUAACGUUUUAGCGAAUUUAACAUUUUAAAUUUCAAGAGUGUAUUCUAGUGUGUGCUCUUCUUGUAUUAAUGUUUUGUAUUUAUACAUAAAUUUAAUUGUUUUAGACUUCCUUCAUAGCGUAGAAAUAGCGUUUUUCCUCUUCUCUUUUUUUUUCUUUUUAUGUGUGCAUUUGUGCUUCAGUUUUCUUGCUGACCCGUAAUUCAAUUCUUUUUAAUGCUGAUGUCAAUUUGCUACCUGGCUCCGCUAGCCCCCAUGGCAAGCUCUUGCCCAUGGUUAUUCCAGGCAGCCAGUACUCUUAUUUUUACUUUUAAUAUUUUCAUUGUCGUAAUUUAUGUUUGAGCAAGAAUGAGUACAAACAAAGAUUGUUGUCGUUGUUGUUUCCGAAACAGUCAAUUUUGCAAGAGCUGCCUCUUAUAAUCCACACCGUGUGGAACUAUAGUUAGAGCAAUCUUGAACAGAAGAUUUAAGCGCCGUUUGAGGUUCCUUGCUUGUCGGCAUAACUGAUGGAACACCUUUUAAUUAUAACUGAUUUUGUUGUUUAGCAAAGUUCCAAAACUUUCAAGCAUCUUGUACGUUAUGUAUUUCGUACAAGGGAAGGUGUUUUAUCGGGUAUCGAAACACCAAGAAAUGAGUCGAAAAAAGAGGCACACCAACUAAAAAUUUGAGGAAGGUACUUUAAGGUGACUCAUGAUCAAAUUCAGUAACAAUUGUAGUGAAACAAGAAUCAAUUAGGUUUGUCUAGAGUCUUAAAACCACCCACUCAGGAGUGACGGGAGAUCUUCCGGAAUUCACAACUACAGAGCUAAGUUAACCACCUAUGUUUAUGUUCCAUUUAUGUUCUUGGAAAUGUCGAUCGCCCUUCAUGAUUAAAAAAAAUAACUUCCCAAUCCGAUAACACGAACUAACAGUUUUCUCGAUUUUUUUUUCUGAAUUAAUCGAUUUUGAUUAAUUUUCCCAACAGACUGGGUUGUGAAGCUAGGACCCCCUUCGUUCGGCAACAAGGGUCUGUACCAGUACUCCAUCGUCACGGACCCCUUGAAAAUCGGUCUGUAUGUGCUGGCGAGAGAUGUGGACAACUUUAAAAGCCAAUACGACGAGGAAGUCACAAGCUGGCUAGCAGAAAAUGGCUUUAAACACUUUUACAACAAACCUGUUCCAACCGUCCAAAACAAGAAAUGCCUGUACCCAGCCUAAAAUUAUCUAUCGCCCCGAAAAUUCCGCCUUGAUAAUGUUACGAUUAUGAGAAGUUGGCAGAUUAAAGCGAUAAUAGUUCCAGUUUAAAAGCGGCUGUUGUUUGAUUGUCGAGCAACUAGCCGGAUUAAUAAUGUCGAAUCUUGAUUUUUCUCCCGUAGAAAGACUGUAAG